AAAAUCCAGUUUUCUGACACAAAUCUACAAUCUUUUAAGAGCUGACUUAGUUAUCAAUGUAAAAACAGACUGAGGUUGUUUAACAUUUUUAAGGUGGAGUCCUUUAAAAAAAAAAGUUUGGUGUUUAUUCAUGUAACUUAACACGACACUCAGGUGUGAAAGUAGCUACGUGGAUAACUAGCAAAUAAAAGCAGCAAAAAAUAUACAGGCCUGUUAAAACCAUCGGCAUUUCUCUCAUCCUCUUUAGUAUCAUUCUUUCGUAUUUACCAUUUGCUGUGUUAAACAUUGAAGUGUAUCAAAUGAACCAUAAUUACCUCUGAUAACAGCAGGUGUACAACAACAAUACAGAUCAAAUAACUGAUAUUCAAUCACGUAAUAACCACUGUUUUGUAUGACAGACGCCUCCUGUACAAACACCUGACUGGCAGACUCCCUGCAGUCUGAGUCUGUGGGAGGAGCUAACACAGCAGCCUGUCUGCUGUGUGCCAUACAGGAGUCAAAGAGAAGGACUCUGACCAUCCACCUCUCGUUUGCCUCACAGAUAGUGAGAGACUGUAAGUUAAAGUGCAUUCAAAGCUGGCACACCGAAGCCUGAGUCUGAUCCCUCCGGCAGUAGACAAAGUGUCGGUGUUUGAUGCUGCAUGGCUGCAUCCCUGGUGUUCAGACUGCAGGACAGAGGCCCAGAGCUGGUGAGGGAGGUGCUUCUGGAGCGAGGAUGGGAGGAAUAUGACGUAAAAGAACGGGAGGAGGAGGACUGGAACCUCUACUGGCGCAGCACUGCAUUUCGCAGCUCAGAGUAUCACAACCUUCUGCCAUGGCAACGCCUCAACCACCAUCCCAAGACCGCUGGCAUCACACGCAAGGACUGCUUGGCACGCAACCUGAGGAGAAUGAGAGCCACAGUGGGUUCAUCUCUCUACGACUUCAGUCCCACCACCUUCAUCCUCCCCAACGACUACACCCGCCUCCUGGCUGAGUACAACAAACUGCGUCUCACCAGAGGACCGCUGAUCUACUGGAUAUGUAAGCCUGUGGACCUCUCCAGAGGCAGAGGGAUCUUCAUCUUUCAGGAUAUGAAGCACUUCGUCUACGACUGCUCCGUGAUCGUCCAGAGGUACAUCAGUAAUCCUCUGCUGAUCUCCGGCUACAAGUUCGACCUGAGGAUCUACGUGUGUGUGAAGAGCUUCCAUCCGCUCACUGUUUAUAUUCAUCAAGAAGGCCUGGUGCGAUUUGCCACUGAGAAGUACAGCCUCUCUUCUCUGAAUAACCCGUACUCUCAUCUCACCAACACCAGCAUCAAUAAGUUUGGUCCCUUCUACAAAACAGAGAAAGAGCAAGUCGGCCCGGGUUGCAAGUGGACCAUGAGCAAGUUCAGGCACUUCCUCAACAGCCAGGACGUCAACGAGCGUCUCCUGUGGCAGAGGAUCAGCAACAUCGUCACUCUGACCCUCCUCACCAUCGCUCCCUCCGUCCCCUCCUGUCCAAACUGUGUGGAGCUGUUUGGCUUUGAUAUCCUCAUUGAUGUCAAGUUUAAACCCUGGCUGCUGGAGGUCAACUACAGCCCUGCGUUGACUCUGGACUGCCCAGCUGACAUUAUGGUGAAGAAAGGGCUGAUCAGCGAUCUGAUUGAUCUGAUGAAUUACACUAUGAUUGACAGCUUAAGACAGAGGGCUUAUCAGGGACAAAGGUACAAGCAGCCUUGUUUCAAUGCCAACCAACCUGUGCUCCCGAAGAAGAAAGAAACCAAAUUUCAGAAACAAAGGAAUCGUAACCAGUCCUCACAAACUCAAACACUACCUCUGCUAAAAACUCUGCGCAAGCCUGAAAUGAACCAAAGUCAACACGCAUUUGUAUCUAACUACCACAGACACCUCCCCCCUGUUGAAUUAAACAAGAUAUAUGCAGCCAGAGGCAGAAUAAUCAACACCACAGCUACGAAAAUCCAAACAGACCAGACCCUGAACCUGAUACUCGGCUCACAUUCAAGGACAAAUGUGUCAGCAGUAAACAGACAGACGCGUCCAGCUCUUGCGCCAUGGCGGAUCGACAACAGGAGUCUUCACGUGUCUGAGGUUACAAACCAUGACGGCACUGAAACAGAAGCUGAGAUGGAGCUCUCAGGAGAGACAGACGUUUCCUCUUCGAUACAUGAUAUCUCACAGAGGGGGCAGGGACUCAGACGCCCUGCUGGGUCCUGGAAGCUCCCCAACAUUCACAGUGGGAAUCACAGACCAGUAAGGACUUCCAUGGGGAGAACAACAGCACUGAACGGACAUCAUAUUCCUCCACUCAGAGUUGGAGACUUCAUACGGACGUUCCCGUUCAAUACAGCCACUCUAAGGGCCUCACAGUCACAUAAACUGGAUGUUAAGAUAGUCAUACAGCAGCUCCACAGGUUGACUGGUCAGCUGGCCACAUCAGACGUGGAAGUGAAGGAGAACAAAGAUGUUGGAGAAGACUUUGACUCACUUUUGUGGGGGCCGAGGGAUCCUCCACUUCUCAGUCAAUGCCUCAAACCCACUUAGAGUGGCUGCCUAUUUUUAUUUUCUUCUACACAUCUAA